AGAGCAGAGCCGUCGACGAGCCAUGGUGUCAUGGUGAGGCUUCGCGACGGCGAAUCGCUCCCAGUGCGAGAGUUGCCGCGGCGGUUGCUUGUCGUAGCGGUGCGGAAGAAGGCAACCACAGCUCAGGCAAGCGCUGGCGUCCACAAGAUGAGCAAGGGCUCCGGAUCCUCCCAUCCGGCAAUGCCGUCGCCGCCGCCGUCACAGAUGCAGCCAGAGGGAGCUGCGGCGGCCGGGGACGUGACUGUGGAGGAAACCGACGCCCUCGACUGCGGCGUGUGCUUCCUCCCACUGAAGCCCCCCAUCUUUCAGCGCAACGUGGGGCAUGUCAUCUGUUCGGCAUGCCGUGACCACCACGGUCAAGGCUGCCACCAUGAACUACAAGGAUGCCGAUGAUUACGAAUCCAAGCUCCAACUCCAUGAUGGUUUCAAUUUUCUCCUCGCUGACUGUGCCACUGCUGACAGCAAGCAAGGGACCAUCCACGGCGGCCUGUAUCUGUUCCUGUUGAAUGCGGUGAGGCAACAGCUUGGAUGCAUCAUCACUGUCCUCUGCAUCCAUCCUCACCAUGAUGAAACCGGCCGUGGUUGUGGACCGUCACCCUUAAAGGAAAUACAAUGCGAGCUCAGUUACUCACAUCAUGUGUACAUCAAGAGCCGCCACAUGGUGGUCAUAAGUUAAUCAAACAUUACCAGGUAUCCACGUUCGAAGUAGAAUGCACGGAUCUCUCCAAUGGACUGCCCAACCCUGAUGAGUGCUGGUUAUUCUAAUUCUUAACAGCCUUGACAUGGUAAUAGCAACCCAUCAACCGGAAGCAAAGAUGCCGAGGGCUAUUCUUUUUGUGCUAUCAAUAGAUGAGUUGCUCUACGGAUGAAAAGAGCAGUACAAGUUCCAGCAUCUUUGUUCUUGAACACAUCUUCAUAUUGUGAA